AUGGGCAAGAAAGGCGGUGGUGGAGCGGCUCAGGCUGCUGAAAAGGCCGCUUCCAAAGCGGCCAAGCGGGCCAAGCAAGAGUCCAAAGCCGCACGAAGCGCCGCCAAGCAAUCUGUCAAAAAGGGUGGCGCAGGGGGUGGCAGCGGUGGUGGUGGCAAGUCAUCGAGCACAGGCACUGCUACAGGUAAAGGAGGAAAGAAGUCCAAAGGCGCAACAGCUGCGGCAGCAGCAGCGUCGAAAGCGGAGGAAGAGGAUUUGGAUGCUUUGUUGGCCAAUUUCAAAAAGGAGUGGGAAGAGGAACACAAGGUUUUGGAAGAGAGGGUGGGCAUGGCUCCUACCAGAAGAGCUAAUGCUACGCUCACUGCUUGUCCUCUGGGUGACGAUCUUUGGUUCUUUGGUGGGGAAUACUUUGAUGGAGAUAGGUCAGUCUGCUAGCUGGUGCUUCGUAGGAGUGCGGGGUGCGCUGUUCUGUGUCUUGCGGAAAGGAUGGGCAGAUGUGCGAGGCUAAUGAUGAGACGGGGGGCUGGAGGUGGGAAGGCAGUGCGUGUGCGCUGUCUGGAACAGGCAGAGGUAGAUGGAUGUCCACCAUGUACGCGUCGUAUUUGCAAGACUGCGGGCAAUCGGGCGGCGCUCAACCUUCUCAGCGUCAAUACAAGCAUCUCGCCAAGAGGCUGGCUGUGAUCUCAAAGGUUCCGUCAAUACCUGCGAGGAGAUCUCGCUGACUCUCUCGGCCCACACGCCGCACCUCGUUCCCUCAGAGCGACAUUCUACGCCAAUCUAUUCCGCUAUACACCCUCCAGCAAUCCUGCCGCUACUGCCAAUCAAGCCGACUCCACCACUUCCUCCUCGCAAGAUAGGGGCACAUGGAGGCAGUACAGUUCGGCAAACCAACCAGGUCCCAGAUCUGCUCAUGCUGUCGCUGCCAGUCCAGCCGCUGGGGGUAUGCUCUUCGUGUUCGGUGGAGAAUUCGCAGGGCCCAAGCUCAAUAAAUUCUUUCAUUACCGAGAUGUGAGUGCUGAUAGUGCACGCUCGCAGCACCGCUGCUUAGGUAGUCUAUGCCGAGGCAUUUUGUGCAGAAAAGCAGCGAGGCCAACUUCCAUCCUGCUUAUUUUCCACUUUGAUCUUUAGCUUUGGAUCUUCAGCAUAGCCAACAAAUCGUGGGAUCGCAUCGAUACAAAAGUCAGACCAUCAGCUCGAUCAGGUCAUCGAAUGGUGUGCUGGAAACAAUAUGUGAGUGUAGUGCCCCGGCACGCAGGCGAAGCUCCACCCCCCUCACAUUCGAGACUGACUCACAGAUGAUCAUGCUCUUUCACUCGAAACUUCAUCGCUGCCCUGGGCUCUUUUUAGAUUGUACUCUUUGGCGGAUUUCAGGAUACUGGGGUGAGGACCACAUACCUCGGCGACUUGUGGAUCUUUGAUACUGCGGAGUACAAAUGGCACGAGAUCAAACAGAAUGAGCUCAGAAAGGUGAGAUGAUCUUCAUUGGCGCGUGUCGGAGUUGCCAGUCCCGAACCUCUUCAAAGUGCUCGCUCCUCAUCAACGCUUUUUCGCCACUCUUCGCAGCCACCUGCACGAUCUGGCUUUUCACUCUUGUCGACUCCUGAAGGGUGAGUGUACUACUCUGGAGUGCGGCAAUCAUCUGGCAACAUCCUGACACCAGCGACGCUCUGUGCACGCAGUGUCGUGCUCUACGGAGGGUAUUGCAAGCGCUAUAUCAAAGGGGAGAGGACUCAAGGGAUAGCACUGGAAGAUGCGUGGCUCUUGACCAUCGCACCCGAUGCCGAAACUGGCGAUCUAUUCGCGCGUGGAAAGAUCGAAUGGACGCGCAAACGCAAGAUAGGCUAUGCGCCAGGUCAACGCAGCGGCUGCACCAUGACAUUAUGGCCUCAGCGCAACACGGGCGUCCUCUUUGGCGGCGUGACGGAUAACGAAAAUGAUGAAGAAAGUUUGGAAAGUUUCUGUCACAACGAUCUGUUCGCGUAUGCUCUGAGCGGCAAUGGAAGAUGGACCAGUCUGAACUUGAGAAGGAAGAAAACGCAGGGAGGCAAGAGGAGACGUAAAGCGGCGGUGCAGCCUGAACAGAGGAGGGCAGCUCAAAGUGAUGGAGAAGAGGACGAAGAUGAGGAGGGCGACGAGACAAAAGACGGCCAAGAUAAGCAGGGGCAAGAGGCACUCUCAAACGUGAGCUAGCGCGUGAAUUGGCGUUGUCCGUAGAACGUCGUUGAACGUGAUACUGCCAUCUUCCACAACAGAACAUCGUUCCCACGAAAGCAGCUCCAGAAGAAGACGACGAUCCAGACGAUCCGCAAAAGUCGGUGCCGAUCGGCCGAUAUAAUGCGAUGCUCGCCGUUCAACGCAAUGUGGUAAGCCUGGCGGUCCGAUCCGAUGAAGACCCCUGGCAAACCCUGCGCUGAUCAUCUGGUGCUCUCACUGCUUCAAUUUAAGCUGUACUGCUAUGGCGGCAUCCAUGAGACUGCCGAUCGAGAAUAUGUAGGUUUGGCCUUCUUUCACUCGCAAAAGUUAUCGAGCUGCCAACCUGACAUUGAGACCCGAUACUCUCCUUCAUCAGACGCUGGACGACUUUUACACUCUUGAUCUGGUCAAGAUGGAGCGCUUCAACUGUCUCAAAUCCUGUCCAAUCGACGCUCUGGAAUGGUAUGAAUCGUCCUCAUCCGCAUCUGGCUCUUCCGACUCUUCCUCCGACAGCAAUCCAGGAGAGGUGGAGGAGAGGGAACAGCCGGAAGGAGAAGAGAUGGCAGAAAACGAAAUGGACGACGAUGAGCUGCUUUGGGAAGGUGAGGUGGAGAGGACGAGGGAAGAGAUUGAAAAGAUCAAAUUGGAACGAAAGAGGGAAAGGGAAGCGCUCAGGGAAAAAGCCAAUACAUUUUUGGGCGUGUCGAAAGAUGCCGCAAAUCGAGAUGAGAAGGAUGUCAUCUCUACGCCUCAGCCAGGUAAGCCCUAGUCGUCUUUGCCCGCGACUGAGUCCUCUCCUGAUUGUUCGUCUUGUGCGCCGCAGGCGAGAGCAUCAAGGCUUUUUAUGAAAGGUCGCGCGCUUAUUGGGCAAGUGUGGCGCACGAACAGAGUGAGGGAAGCGCCAGAGGCAAAGAGAUGCGCCGAGAUGGGUUUGCUGUGAGUCGUAUCUUCUCGACAUUCGACGCAGUGCAUUGUGCUUAGCAGCACGAGUGCGCACUGGAUCAUCAGCUCGCUGCGCAGAAAUAUGAAGAGUACAGACCUGUCCUGGAAGAGGUGAGUUAGGGCAUCCAAAUUCUAAUCGAAGCCUCGUCGAUUCAUACAAAGUUGAUCAAUGCUUUUGGCUUCGACGUACCUCGCUUCAGAUCGUCCGGAUACAGGCGUCGGCAGGUAUGGAUGCCUCGGACAUCAAAAGCAUGGCGAACGGGUCGACUGCAGGUGGCAAGACGGGGGGUAUUGCGGGAGGUGGACCCGGUGCAGAGAGUAGGAAUAGGAGAUAA